AUGUCAGUGGCUGCAGACGUCACUGCUCAAACGCUCAGUGCAGAUAAUGACAAACCAUCGACUGAUCAAGAACCACACAUCCGUGAACAUCCAUUUAUGAAAGAAUUUAUUACAAGUGGUUUGAGUGUUUCUAUUGCAAAUGUUGUUACAUUACCUAUUGACGUACUAAAAGUACGUUUACAGUUAGCUAAUUCUGCUAUGACAACAUCAGAAAAAACAAUGACCUCAGGUCUGAUAGAAACAACAAGAAAAAUCUAUCGUCGCGAAGGUAUUAAAGCAUUCUAUUCUGGUCUUACCCCAGCAAUUGUUCGUGGAUUAUUUUAUGGUGGUGUACGACUUGGUGCUUAUGGACCAAUAAAAAAUAUUUUAAAACGUCUUGUUACAGAUGAUAAACAAGUAGCAAUUAAAUUACUUCGUAAUGUUUCAGCUGGUUCUUUAUCAGGUGCAAUAGCUGCCAUUGCAUCAAAUCCCGUUGAUUUAUGUAAAACGAAAUUACAAGCCAAAGAUUCACCAUAUACAUCAUCUAUACAUGUGAUUAAAGAUGUUGUUAAACAUCAUGGAGUUAAAGGUUUAUGGGUUGGUACUGUACCAGCUGCUAUUCGAACAGCUGCUCUCACAGCGACACAAUGUGUAACUUAUGAUCAUGCAAAACGUUUUUGGAAAGAACUAACCGGUUGGAAUGAAGGAAUUAGUUUACAUUUAGGUGCAUCAUUAAUUACUGGAUUGGUUACCACAACAGUUACUGCACCACUUGAUAUGAUUAAAACAACUAUGUAUGCAUCAGGAGAUUAUGGUGUUGUUGAACUUACAAAUAAAAUUGUUCAUAAAGAAGGUGUGCGAGGAUUAUUACGAGGAUGGACAGCGGCAUAUGUCAGACUUGGUCCCCAAACUGUCGUUAUAUUUCUUGUAAUGGAAAAAUUACGUCAAUUUUCUGGUCUUUCUGCAUUAUAA